AAGCGGCAUUCAUUGUGUGUGAGUGACAGAGCCCAAUUGUUUCGAUGGUGUGUCGAUGAGGUUAACCCGACAUUAAUUUCGAAACAAAUUCGGAUCAUUUUGAAGAUCAUAUUUUAUUAAAUUAUAUUGGGGAAUAUUAAUCAAAUUAUCCUCAAAAAAAACAAAAUAAUCAUGGCUGAUAGUGAUGAUGAUUAUGAUCGACGUCGUGGCCGUGAUAAAUUCCGGCGCGAAAGAAAUGAUUAUAAUGAUCGUAAUGUUAAUAAUCGUCGUGAUGAUUGGACACCUGAUAGUUGGUCAUCACAACGUGAUCGUAAUCAAAGUAGCGGCGGUGGUGGUCGACGUGAUUAUCGAGAUAAUUAUAAUUCCGGUCGUAUGAAUUAUUCUCGUAAUGAUCGUUAUAGUCCGGCUGAUCGUAAUGUAGGCGGUGAUAUGAGUCCACCAAUAAAACGUAUACGAUCUACUGGUGUGACAAGAGAUUGGGAUGAACGUUAUUCCAAUUAUGAUAGCGGUUAUGGUCAUGGUGUUAGUGUUGGUGUUGGUCAUCAUAAUAUUGGUAUUACACAUUAUCGAGAUAAUUAUGGCCAACAUGAUCGUGAACGUGAUGAUGAAUAUCAACCACCAAUGAUGACAUUUAAACAAUUUGUUAAUGAACAAGAUGAUCAUCUUGAUGUUGAAAUACUUAUUACAAAAUAUAAUGAUUAUAAAUGCGAUUUUAAACGUACACAGAUACAGGAAUUUUUUAAUCGUCAUAAAGAUGAAGAAUGGUUUCGAUGUAAAUAUUUUCCAGAUGAAAUGGAACGGCGAAAAACAAAAAUGCAACAAACGUAUCAAAAUCGAUUGAAUGUAUUUAUGGAAUUAUAUGAGAAAAAAUAUUUUGAUAAUGUUUCAUUGGAUGUGGAUAAAGCCGAACAGAUAAUCAAAGUAUUAGAUGCUGCUGUUAUUAAAAUGGAAGGUGGAAAUGAUUUUGAUUUGAAUGCACUUAACAAUGAAUUUGAUGAACAACAACAACAACAGAAAAAUACUGAUUCAAUUUUUGCUAUCGAUUCAUCAUCAACAACAAAAGCAUCAUUUACAACAACUACAACAGCAGCAGCAGCUACGAUUGGUUCAUCCGUUUCAUCAAGUGGUGGUGAUAAAACGAUUGAUGAUAAUGUAACCGCCAAUGAUAAUUGUAAUGUUGAUGAUAAUGAUAAUAAUGAUGCAAAAAUGCAUGAUGAAUCUGAUCAGAAAAAUAAUGAUGAUGAAGAAGAUAAAAUGAAUGCUGUGGAUGAAGAAAAACCAAUGAUCGAAGAUGGUGAAGCAUCACAAACACCUAAAACAAUGAUGGAUGAUCACGGUGAAAGUGGUGAUGGUGAAUUGAUUGAAGAAGGUGAAGAUGCAAGUAAAGAUGAUAUUGAUGAACAUCAACAACAACACAAUGAUUCCAAACAGCAGCAACAACAAUCACAGGAAAAGAAUGAAUCGGAAAAUUCUAAUGAAAAGAAACCGAGAGCUUUGCACAAAACUUGUUCAAUAUUUUUUCGCAAUAUAGCACCAUCGAUCACACGUCAAGAAAUUGAAGAUGAAUGUCGUAAAUUUCCAGGUUUUUUGCGUUUGGCAAUUUCUGAACCACAAAUGGAUCGACGAUUUAAUCGCCGUGGAUGGGCAACCUAUGAACGUACUGUUAAUAUUCGUGAAAUUUGUUGGAAUCUUAACAAUGUUAAAAUUCGUGGUACUGAACUUAGUCCGAUUGUUAAUCGUGAUCUAACUAGACGUAUUCGAUCAAUCAAUGGAAUAUCAUCGGAUAAAACAGUUGUACGUGCUGAUAUUCGACAUGCGGCAAAAUUAAUUAUGAAACUUGAUCAACAAAAAAAAUUAUGGGAAGAAACUGAAGAUGAAGCCAACAAUAAUGAACCACGAAAUGGAUCGACAAAUACUUUAUCCACACCAUCACGUAAUCCAUUGAUGAAAAAUAUUACCGAUUAUUUGAUUGAAGAAGCAUCGGCUGAAGAAGCUGAAUUAUUGGGUACAUCAGUAGAAGAUCCGGCAAUCUCUUCGGCCGAAAUUGGUGAAUCUGGCGAAACUAAUGGCAAUUCAACAUCUUGCACAAAUGAUGGUACACAAUUAGAAAGAGAUGAAGAAUUGAUCAAAGUUCUUGAUCGUCUUUUGUUUUAUCUACGUAUCGUACAUUCGAUUGAUUAUUAUAAUCAUUGUGACUAUGCCAAUGAAGAUGAAAUGCCCAAUCGUAUUGGUCUGGUUCAUGCACGUGGUCUAAUUUCAUCGGCUCGUGUUACAUCGGUUGAAAUAACUGAAUAUAUAAAAGAUUUUGAAAAUAAAAUCCUAUCCACAUUAUUGAAACCGAUACCGGAGAUAACGGCCGAAGAAGCAAAAAAAUUGGGCUUGAAAAAUAUUGACGAUGCUGUUGAUGCAUUUAUCAAAGAAAAUACAAAAGAAUUGGGCGAAGGAAAAUGGCUAUGUCCAUUAUCAAAUAAAAAAUUUAUGGGACCAGAAUUUGUUCGUAAACAUAUACUAAAUAAACAUGGUGAACGUGUGGAACAGGUAAAAGCUGAAACAGUUUAUUUUAAUAAUUAUAUUAUGGAUCCAAAACGACCACAAUUACCCGAACAUCCAUUGAAUCGUCCACCUCAACUUAAUCAACAACAAUCAUCACAACAACAACAACAAACAGCAAGACAUGAACCAUUACUUAGUGGACCACAUGGUUUUGUUUAUAAUCAUCGUGGUGGUGCUGGUGGUGGUAAUCAUAUGCCAAACAUAAUUGGUGGUAAUGUUUAUCCUAGAUUUGGAAAUCCACAUCCACCACCAUAUUUAUUACAUGGACAAAUUAUGGAUUCAUAUAUGAGACCAAAUCUUAAAAGACGGGAACCAACAACCGCAUCACGUGACACUGUCGAUUAUGAUGACGUUGCCUUCGAAGAAUUGAUCUGAUUUGAACAGAAACAAAA